AUGACUUGUCCUGGUAAGGAGGGUACUCCGUUGCCCUACACUGCCUCACCAAUCAAGUUACUCUUGAGCGACUUGGCCCUGUUUGUUUCGAAGCUAUGGGCGCUUCCAGGGAUCUUCCUGCCCCUGGAUCUAGCUCAAACACAUGAAUUGGAUGAGUUCUAUCCGUCAUUACGCAAUGGAGCUACCGUGUUGAUCCAUGUAUUUCUCGUGGUUUACCAACUUGGUUUCCUACUCUCGCUGCCCAUCAUGGUAGUCUGUAUGAUUCCAGGUCUAUGGAUCCUUGCUUAUUCUGCUAUUGGCUUCACUACAAAUUAUGCGAUUGUCAUGUUCAUGUUGAACGGAUUCGAGCAUGUUCUAGUGUCCCAAGUUCCCGUGGUCGAGCGACCAGGUCAUGAGCGGGAGCGUUGGCUGUAUAUAAAUGGAAUUGCAGCUGGGCAUCACUGGGUACAGAUGAACAUCGAUCAGCUGUCAUACAUCUUUGGUCGGAAAGUGACCGGUGUACACAAUCGCACCGCAGGAAUUGUUUUUGAUCUAAUCGAAUGCCUAAUUCAACGGGAUUUUUCAUACGCUACUGAUGAUAUACGACAAUCGUAUGUCUUAGUCAAGGAAGCUCUCUUGGACCCAGAAUGUGACAAGGUGGUUCUGCUUCUUCACAGUCAAGGCGGUAUUGAAGGGGGACUUGUCGUGGACUGGCUUCUGGAUGAGCUACCACACGAUCUCCUUCAUCACUUGGAGAUAUACACAUUUGGAAAUGCCGCGAAUCACUUCAAUAACCCGCGAUGGACAAAACUAGCAAGGCCACAAAGAACCUCAACACCUGAUCUAGUGCCUCAAUUUGGUCAAUCUAUCGGCCAUAUCGAGCAUUAUGCUAAUGCAGGUGACAUUGUGGCUCUGGGAGGCGUACUCCACUUUGUGGACAUCCCAAAUCGAUAUAUGGGCCGGCUGUUCGUGCGCCCGCAUCCAGGCCACCUGCUCAACCUGCAUUACCUGGACAACAUGUUUACUCUGGGGCCUGAUAUGAAAGUUCUUGACUCCAACCCAUUCAUGGAUAUGGAAGUCGAGCCAUGGGCAACCGCCGGUAUAAACGGAUAUGAUGGCCCUCCACAUCGAAUCAGGUAUCAGCCCACUAUGGCCCGAGACGAGGCGUUUCUUCCCGCUGCAGUGAGCCUGCAGCAGCCACAAACAAAUGGUGUAGGCCGAGUACUGCGUGUCAAGGAUUUUAGUCGGCUCUGGCAGUAUAGAAAUGGAGGAUGUCCGGAAGACACAGAGGCACGGCAUGAUCAUGACACCGACGCACAUGUCCUUCUUUAG